AUGUUCGCUGUGAAGCGGAACGCCGUCAUCGGCUUCAACCUCUACUGCGGCGGCGGCCCGGCCCUGGCGCCCGCCUCACCGGGGGGGGGCCCGGCUCCGCCGCCGCCCAGCACAGCAGCAGCAGCAGCAGCCCCCAGCGCGGCCGCCGCCGCUGAGGUACCCCGGGCACUGAUUGGCUCCGCGGGGGCCUGGGCCGCCGCCGGUCGCCCUGAGGCCCCCCGCGCGCUGAUUGGCCCCGCCGUGGCUCCUCGCGCGCUGAUUGGCUGCGGCGCGGCCCCCUGCGCGGCGCUGCCCCCCGCGGCGCGGCCGGGCGCGUUGUGGAGGCCCGAGGAGGAGCUGGACGGCUGCGAGCCCGAGGCCGAGCGCGGCCCGGGGGGGGACUCACUGCCCGGCACGCCGCCCGGGCCGCUGGAGCCGCCCGAUGGGCUGCGGCAGGACUCCCUGGAACUCAUCAGCCGCUAUCUGCGGGAGGCGGCGGGCGAGGCCGAGCCUGGCGUGAAGAAGCUCUUCCCGGGGCUGCUGGGCGGGCCCGGCCGGCCCGGCGGAUCGGGCGAUGCCGUGAUGGAGAAGGCGCUGGAGACGCUGCGGAGGGUCGGCGACGGCGUCAUGCAGAAACACGAGCUCGCCUUCCAGGGAAUGCUUCGGAAGCUGGAAAUCCAGAAAGAGGAAGAUCUGCAGUCGGUGUGUGAAGUGGCUACCCAUGUGUUCAGUGAUGGAGUAACAAACUGGGGUCGAGUGGUGACGCUCAUCUCGUUUGGUGCCUUUGUUGCGAAACACCUGAAAAGCAUAAACCAGGAGAAGUGCAUCAGCUCGCUGGCAGGGAUCAUCACAGAUGCGCUCGUCUCAUCUAAGCGCGAAUGGCUAAUGAGCCAGGGAGGCUGGGAGGGCUUUGUCGACUUCUUUCGAGUUGAGGACCUAGAAGGCAGCAUCAGAAAUGUACUGAUGGCGUUUGCAGGUGUGGCCGGACUGGGAGCGAGCUUGGCCUACAUGAUCCGGUGAGCCAGGGUAUGCUGCAGAGGGACAAAACUCUGGGUGGACCGGCUCUGUUUGGGGCCGGCGAGCUGAUCACUUCCUCCUGUGAGUACUUAUGAAGCUGGACUUGAGUGACCUGAGGAGAAUAUCUAGGCAUCCCCUGAGCAAUCCUUUCCUAAGAAGGAAGGUGUGAUCCAGUCAGAUUGUGGGUACUGAUGAGGAUUCGUUGCUUUGGGAACAGAAAGUGGAAGAAUUGAUAUUCUGCUUCCUUCAAGAGGAUGAUGACAGAAAGCUCAAGUGGACUGCUUCAGUUUUAUCCCGGAGGGAACUGAUCUGCUUAGCAGCAAGCCAGUGAGCACCAGCAGCUCUUGUCUGGACUGAAGCCUCCUGGGCUUGGCACAGCAGCUGUGCACAGAGCAGAUGUUUCAGGGUUGUGGUUGUGGGUUUCUGGAAAUAGCAUCUUCUGCUGCUGGUGUCCUGCCUAAACUUGCGGCUUUUCUGUUGGAGCAGAAGCAUUGAAUGCUGGGUGUUGUGUGAGCCUGCGCCUGCCCCCAGGUGUGCAGGCGAGCUGGCCUUUGGCCACUGCCAGCUCUGCACAUAUCUGCCCUCUGGAAGCGGUAGAGCUGUGCCAGCAGCCAAGAUGUGCAACCCGCUGCCAGAACAUGGGGUGCUGGAGCCCUGCGUGGCCCCUUCCCUCCCAGCAGGGCUUCAGCCAGGUCACCGAGCAGGCAGAGGAGCGUUGGGGGGGGCGGUGAAGCAGGACUCAGGGCAGUAACCACAGCCAGCUGCGGCGCGGCCACAUUGGCCUGUCUGGCUGAUCUCGGCUACACCGAUGCGACUCACCACACACAGGCAGUUUAAAAACAGGGAGUGCAUUUGUAAGUAUGUAAAACCCCACAUGGGGUGGGGAAGCUGUAGAGAACCUGUAAAUAUCUAUGAAUCUGUAGAAUAUGUACAUUUUUACAGAGCUAAUGAUACAAAAAAGGGGUAAUUUUGAAUGUGGUAGAACUGCUUAUGGGUGCACUGUACUUCAUUCCUCAUGUGAAGUAGCAUUUUUGUGGCGAAGCCUUCUCCUGCCUUGACUCCAAGUGAGCCUUUCUCUGAUGUACUUGAGCAACAUUGCCAGGGAGUGUAGCAAGGAUCAGUGGCCUGGUGGACUCUCAAUGUGCCCACAGCUUGCUGGCGACAGUUGAUGUUUCUGUUUAUUUUAAUCUUUUUGGUUAUUCUAGCCUAGCCCUUCUAGCGGGUGGGGAGCUGUGGAAGUCAUUAUCAGUUGCUUCCUUGUCUUCCUUUCAUUUUGAUCCUCUAAGCCAUGAGUCAAACGAAGCUGAUGUUUGAAUGUAAAUGUUCUGGAGCAGAAUAAAACUCGUCAGCUCGGAUCUGCAGCUUGUGCGAGUCCAUUGGUGCCGGCCCUGGGCUCGGUCCCUGGUCCCCAGCUGGUAGCAUUGCUUCUCGGUGGGCCUGCAGCGCUUGUCCACCUCGUGCCCUCUGACCGGGGAUCGGUUGGUUCUUGGGGAGCUCUACUCCGUGGGACCGGGUCCCGCACAGCGAGGAACAUCCUCGUCCGUGGUGCUUGACCUGCAGCCCAAGCGAUGCCCGAUGGAAACCCAAGUGGAGAGCCGAAAGAUGGUGCUAUUGUCAGGCCUGCUUGUUUGCUGAACAAGCACUUAGUUUUGUCAAUAAAUGUCUUUUUGUUCUCAA